AUGAGCUCCUCAGACACCACCGCCUCAUCGAACGUAGGAGUGGUACUAGGCUUGAUGACAUGGGGGAAAGAAGGAACCGAAGGUGCUCGAGUACACACUAUCAAGGAUUGUGAAGGGUAGGUACCACGAAAUGUACCUCCGGAAUGGCUUGAGCCUGCUCCACGUGCUGACGUAUGACCUCCACUUGCCGGGGCCCCACAUUCUUCUUCCCGGCUCCCAAUACCUCUGCGGCACUCACUUCUCGCCGGUGCAGCAUGCUAGACAUUUUCCAGAAACAUGGGCACAACGAGCUUGAUACGGCGUUCGUCUACACUUCGCACACUUCGGAGCAGAUGCUCGGCGAGGUAUGUCGUACUGCUGUUUCUACGCCGGACCGUAAACAGUCAUGCCCGCCCGAAAUUAUGACCCCGGCGUUGACGUAUCGACCUCUAGACUGACUGGACGAAGCGUGGACUGGUCGUCGGCACAAAGCUGUACCCAUCCAAAACGAGUGACGGCACCCCCAUCACCCACUCGCGCGCCGACCUGCGCAAAUUCUUGGACAUGCAACUCGAGGCAUGCAAAAGGACUUGCUUUGACAUGUGGUACCUUCGUAAAUUGAUUCACAUCUAA